AUGGGUCUAAAUUGUGACAGCCAACCUGUUCCUCGAGGGCGACUUUUGGUUAUUGGAGCGGGAUAUGCUGGUCUGGCUACUGCAAUUGAACUUGUUCUGGCAGGUUUUGAAGCCGAGGUAGUCGAAGCCGUAUCUCAACUUUCCACCCAGGGCGAUAUGAUACAAAUUGGAUCAAAUGCUACCCGGCUGAUGGCGCGGUGGGGCAAUGUUGUGAAAGAGAUUCAAGCAAUCUCAGCACAACCUCCGACAAUGACCCUGUUCGACAAAGAUGGCGUAGAAUUGCUGACCGCUCCUCUACCAAGUGAGUUUGAUGGCUAUCCCGUUCUGUUCUCCAACAGAGGAUAUAUCCAAAAGACUGUAUUUGAGUAUGCUCGAUCCAUCGGCGUCAAGUUUCGUUUCGGCUCUCGAGUCAAAUCAUACUUCGAAGACGACACGGGUGCUGGGAUAAUAAUAGGAGAUGAACGCAUCCGAGCGGACGCAAUCAUUGCUUGCGACGGCAUUCACAGUGCAGCUAGGAAGCACCUAACCGGCGCGCAAGAGCUGGCGCGCCCCAGCGGUUUCGCUGUGUAUCGAUCAUGGUUUUCACUCGAUCGUCUCGCAAAUCACCCUCUGACGAAGCGGUUCACGGAAUCGAAGGUUGAUCAAUUCUACGUCUGGAUUGGCACCGACAUUCACGUUAUUCUUUUCACCACCAUUGCUGUAAGGGGCGCCGUAGUCUUCGUUACACAUCAUGACACUUAUGAGAUGGAAGAGUCUUGGACCUUCCCCGGAGAUCGGCAGGAUAUGCUGAAAGUAACCGAGGGUUGGGAUCCGAUCAUUGCUGCCGUUAUUAGUGCCAUCCCACAGGAGAAUAUCAUUGACUGGAAAUUACUGUGGCGUGAUCCUAUCAAGAAAUGGGUUUCGUCCAAAGGUCGCAUUGCAAUAGCAGGAGAUGCGGCUCAUCCCCAUCUUCCUACCUCAGGAUCCGGCGCUGCGCAAGCAAUCGAGGAUGCCGGAACGUUUGGUGCUCUACUGGAUAAGCUCGGUCAAGAUCGGAUACCCCUGGCUUUCCAGAUUUUUGAACGAAUAAGAUAUGAACGGACUAGUCUCACACAGCGAAUGGGCUGGGAGACGCGGCAUCGAUGGCACCAGACCGAUUGGGCUGCUGUCAAGGUAAAUCCAGAUUACCUGAAGAUGCCGCAGCCUAUGUGGUUGUAUGCGCAUGACGCCAGACAAUAUGCCUAUGACCAAUGCGACGCAGCGGUCGAAAGCCUGGAGAAGGGCAAAGGCUUCAACUCCACGAACUUGCCAGAGGGUUAUACGCACGAGGACUGGACAGUGGAAAUGAUGCUUGCCUUGGAGAAAAAUCAGGUCCAAGAACACUUUUACAAAGUUGUAAACCGAUAG